AUAUCUGCGUUACGUAUGCUGCAAUUUAUCAUUUACAAAAUGGCACGGUAUGGUCAGAGGCCAGAGAAUGCUUUAAAGCGAGCAAAUGAAUUUAUUGAAGUUGGUAAACCAGCUAGGGCUCUGGAUACAUUACAAGAAGUAUUUAGAAAUAAAAAAUGGACUUAUAGUUGGUCAGAAUCAGUAUUGGAACCAAUAAUGUUUAAAUAUUUGGACUUAUGUGUGGAGUUAAAAAAGUCACACAUUGCUAAAGAAGGACUUUUUCAAUAUCGUAAUAUGUUUCAAUCAGUAAAUGUGGGUAGUUUAGAAAAUGUCAUAAGAGGUUACUUACGAAUGGCAGAAGAAAAAACUGAUGCUGCUAGAAAACAAAGUCAGCAGGCAGUAAUUGACAUUGAUGACCUUGAUAAUUUAGCCACUCCUGAAAGUAUUUUAUUAUCUGCUGUUAGUGGUGAAGACGCUCAAGACCGAAGUGACCGUACUAUUUUAACACCAUGGGUUAAAUUUUUGUGGGAAUCUUAUUGUCAAUGUUUAGAAUUAUUGAGAACUAAUGCUCAUGUUGAAACUUUGUAUCAUGAUAUUGCUCGGAUGGCUUUUCAAUUUUGUUUGGAAUAUAAUAGAAAAACUGAAUUUCGUAAGUUAUGUGAGAAGCUUCGUAAACAUUUAGAAGACAUAAGUAAACUUCCUCAAAUGGUUUCUAAUGUUUCAAUUAAUAAACUUGAAACUCAACAACUAAAUUUAGAAACGAGAUUGAUACAGUUAGAUUCAGCUAUUCAAAUGGAAUUAUGGCAAGAAGCUUAUAAAGCAAUUGAAGAUAUUCAUGGGUUAAUGAAUUUAUCCAAAAAAAUGCCAGUACCAAAAACAAUGGCCAAUUAUUACCAAAAAUUGGCAAUGGUGUUUUGGAAAGCGGGAAACUACUUAUUUCAUGCAGCAGCAUUGUUUAAAUUAUUCCAGCUUUCUCGUGAUAUGAAGAAGAACAUGUCAGUAGAAGAACAACAGCGCAUGGCAAAUAGAGUUCUUUUAGCAACUCUGUCUAUUCCAUUACCCUCAGCUCAUCCAGAAUUUGAUCGUUUUAUUGAAACAGACAAAAGUCCUCAAGAAAAAGCCCAAAAGCUAGCUGUACUUUUGGGUUUAUUACAACCACCAUCAAGAGCAUCGUUACUCAAAGAUAUUGUUAGACUGAAUGUUGUCAAUUUAGCUUCAGCACAGUUACAGCAGCUGUAUAAUUGGCUAGAAGUUGAAUUUCAUCCUCUUGAGUUGUGCGAUAGAGUAGAUAGCGUUGUCAAGAGUUUACAAACAGAUGAGUCCAGUUCUUUGCUACAGUACAUUCCAGCAUUACAAGAUGUGACACUUGUUCGUCUAGUGCAUCAGGUUUCUCAAGUUUAUCAGACAAUUCAAUUUAUAAGACUACUUGAGCUAGCUCGAUUCGCUACGGCUUUUCACCUGGAGCGACUACUAGUCGAUUGCGUUCGCUACAAUGACAUGCAAAUAAGAAUUGAUCACGGUAAACGGUGCGUGCACUUUGGGGUGGACUUGUCAGAGGCGCAAAGGGAGGAUCAUCCAGAUGGACCGCUGUUACAAGCAAUGCCUAGCGAGCAAAUCCGUUGUCAAUUGGUAAAUAUGGCAGUCGUGCUACACCGCGCAUCCAACAUCAUUAAUCCUAAUAAAAAGAGGCAAGAGCGCGAGAAACUGAGGACCCAAUUAGUCAGUCACUAUCACGAAAGUAAAGUAAAAGAACAUCAGCGCAUCCUUGGUCGUCAUAAGAUAAUUGAAGAGCGCAAAGAAUAUAUCGAGCAUAUGAAUUUCGUACGCGAGGAGGAGGAAAUGCGUAGGCAAGAAGAGUUGCAGCGCCAACAGCUGCUCGCCGAACAAAAACGACUUGAACAGGAGCGUGAAGAGCGAGAACGUAAACGCCAGCAGUCAGAAAUACAGCAAAUUAAAGACCGUACUCUAAAGGAGAAGAUGCAACAGAUCUCGCAAACUAGUCACGGUCAAAAGGUGCUCAAGAAACUUGACGAGGAUGAAAUAAAGAAGUUGGAUGCUGAACAAAUAGCCGCGCGUGAGGCCGAAGAGCUGCAGAAGGAACGUAAAGAAAUGCAGCAGAAACUUAAAUCUCAGGAAAAAAAAGUCGACUACUUAGAACGCGCAAAGCGCCUCGAAGAAAUCCCAUUACUAGAACAUGCUAUGGAAGAAAAACUCGAACAAGCAAAAGCGCGUUGGGAACAGCAGGAAGCUGAACGUAUCCAGGCUGCGAUUGAGGAGCGUCAGCAAGCAGUAGCUACGCGUGAGCGCCUUACUCGCAUGAAACCCGACGCAGAACUAUUUCUAGAACGCAUUUUGGCUGAGCGCAAAAGUCUUUAUCUUGAUAAACUGCGUGCUUUUGAAGAAAUACUUAGCCAAGAGCGUGAAAAGCGGCUUAUUAAGCGCAAGUUACAGCGUAAACUCGAACGCAAACUUACCUGGGAGAAGGAACGAGCUGAGGCAGCUGAACGCAAACGACUUGAAGAACUACGUCAACGCCAAGAGGAGGAACGCCGACGCAUGGAAGAGGAACGAGCUAAACGAGAGGAAGAAGAGCGUGCAAGGCGUGCUAAAGAAGAGGCAAAAGAAGCCGAACGCUUAGCUAAGCUGGAGCGUCAAGCCGAAAUUAGCCGUCUCAAGGAAGCAGAAAUUGAGCGUAAACUAGAGGAAGAACGACUUAAACACGCGAGUAUAGAUAAUCCCAAAGCUAGUCAACAGACUAGUUGGAGAAAGCAGCCAACUGAUAAUGCAAGUUGGCGCAGAGACGACGAGAGUAGAUUCAAAGACAAAGAUGAGAGCUGGAAAUCCACCGAGCGCAGCGAUCGUCCAGGUCGCAGAGAAUUCCCUGAAAAAGAUCGCAAAUACGAUCGUACUCACUCAACAAAUGCAUCAGGUUCUUGGUAUGACAACCGUCGUGAUAGAGCUUCAGAACGCAGAGAAUACCAUCGUGGUGAAGAGUCGCGACCUGUUAUGGAAAAUUGGCGAAAUUCUAAUCUAUCUAAAGAUUCACAAAAGGACCUUCACAAAGAUUUGGACAAGAAAGAAUCAAUUCAACCAAUGAAUAGAGACGAUAAGAAAACAAGUCAGGUAAGCGAAGAAGCUGCUGGGUGGUCUAGAGUGAGCAACCGGCGUUGAAUUAUGUCAUUUCUGAUAAACGUAACUUGGAAACAUUUUACUUGACAUCUUGUUCAAAAUAUGGUAAAUAUCCGUAAGAUUAUAUUAAAGUAUCUACAUGAAUUCUUUAUGUAUUCAUUUUAAUUCGUUUGAGUUUA